UUUUUUAAAAAAAAAUAAAACCAACUUAUUAUUUAAAUUUCAAUAUUGUCUUAAUAAAACUAUUAUUAAAAUUUCAACGAUAAUAAUAAUAAUAAUGAUAAACAAAAUAGUAUUGAUUUUAACUGUUAUUUUUAUUAUUAAUUCUAUCUAUUUUAAAUCAUCAUUAUCAGCCAAAAUUGGACCCAAAGAUUGCGAUCCAUUGAAAGAGGAGUACAGAAGAUGUGGUACUCUAUGUCCCGAAACCUGUGAUUAUUUACGUACCGGAAUCGGACCGUUACGUUGUAAAUUAAUGUGUAUGUCCGGUUGUGUUUGUAAGGAACCGUAUGUACGAAACUAUACGGGUGGCCAAUGUGUACACAAUUCAACAUGCUUUGAAGGAUCACCAACAACACCAACACCAACACCAACACCAACACCAACACCACCACAACAACCAUCUAAUAUAGAUAAGGCCCCAAUUGAACACAAGGACUGCGAUAACUAAUAAUGAUUAAAUAAAAGUUAAUAUAAUCUAAUAAUAUAUUUAAUAA